GACUUAGCGGAGAGCGGAGUCUGUCUCAGCCGGGAGACAUGGAGGACACCGGGGCUACAAGCGUGUACGGGGCUUCGCUCGCCGGGGGAGGCUUCGACGUCCAAAAGUUUGUCCGACAGCCGCAAAGCAUCGUGCGGCUUCUCAGCUGGCUCUUUGCCAUUGUGGUGUUUGCCUGCAUAACCACAGAGGGCUACAUCAACACUGCGUACAGCGCAGAGGCCAAGUGCAUCUUCAACCAGAACGACUCUGCAUGCCAUUACGCCGUUGGCAUUGGCGUCAUUGCCUUCCUCGCCUGCGUGGGCUUCCUGGUUUUAGACGUUUACAUGCCUUUCAUGAGCAACGCACAGCAUAGGAAAUAUGCUGUGAUGGCAGACCUGGGAUUCUCUGGCGCAUGGACCUUCUUGUGGUUUGUGUGUUUCUGCCUGUUGGCCAGUCACUGGGGUCGCACACAUGACAUCAGCGGUAUCCCCCAGGAUGCUGCACGUGCAACCGUGGCCUUCUCCUUCUUUUCCAUUGCCACCUGGGCAAUCCUCACCUACUUCGCCUUGGGUCGCUUCCGUCGAGGCGCAAGUGACGUCACCAUCCCAACGUACAGCGAGCAACCUGCGGAUCAACACACUCCCUACCCGCCGACGUACGCCCCCACCUCCUAUAACCCCACGCCGUACACCCCCACCACUUAUGCGGCCUACCCCAGCAUACCCGACACGGAUCAACAGCUUCCCUUCACCACAAACCUGCAGCCACAAGGCUAUCAGCCGCCCACUUACUGACGCAAAGCGGACGCCUUACAGAGCUUCCGGCUGGUUUGUUGGUAGAUCGCGGUUGCGUGGCACUCGUCCGCCACCGUGUCAUAUUGAUACAGCUUUUCUCAUAUUGCUAAAACCUGACAAGUUGAGAGAUGAGGGACACUUGCAGAUUGCGUCCAAGGCGUCAAGCUCUCUGGACUGCCGUCAGAUCUUGACUUGAUCAGACCGAGUGCCUAAUCUGACCUGAGUGCUACGACAACACUUACCUCAAGCAGGCAAAAGGAAUGUACGUGCAGGGUUGUUGUGACACUGCCAAGAACAGUUGAUGAUACUGUUCACUUGCAUUCGUACACCUUUCUUUGUGAAAUGUUGCCUUUUUAAUCAUCACCUGUGCCACCAUUUAUGUGGAUAACAUCUUCUUUUCCAUGAAUUGAAUAAUUUAUCUUUACAACACUCGAAGUCAUUCGUGGUUGAGUAAAAAAUAGUUGUGGCUCCCAACAA